AUGCUGACUUGUCAAUUUCUUAAGGGCUUGGCUUUACUUUUGUGGAUAUAUUUCUUAUGGAGUCGACGUAGGUUCUAUCUUAUGAUGAUGAAGGUGCCCGGGCCAAUGGGGCUUCCUUUUAUUGGACUUGCCGCUGAUUACAUUCUCCUAAAACGUAAUAUAGGAACACGAACUUUGUUUUUCGAGAGGUUCGGAAAAACUGGAAUGACUUGGAUUGGAUUAACCCCAGUUUUGGUAACCUGUGAGCCAAAGAUCCUUGAGGACAUUUUAAUGUCUCCCCAUUGCACCAAUAGAAGCUCGGUUGUGGAUAAAGCCAUCUCAUCCUGCCUGGGUUUGGGGCUUUUGACUUUAAAGGAUCCACAUUGGCAAGAACGACGGAAACUUCUGGCUCCAUCAUUUAAGAAUAAUGCUAUUCUAAGUUUCGUUCCUAUUUUGAACCAUGAAUCGAAUUCCCUGGUGACUUUACUUCGUAGCUUUGUUGGUCAAGGGGAGAAAAACUUGCUGCCAGAGCUUAGUACUUGGUCAUUUAAAAUAGCAGCUCAGAUAACAAUGGGAAGUGAUGUUAGGAAAGAAGCUAACUACAACAACGGCAAUCUGUUGAGGAACUACAAGGCCCUUAAUGGCCUGAUACCUCUAGGAGUAGUGAUGCCUUGGCUCAGGAACAAGCAUAUUGGAAAGCUGAGUUGGUAUGAGAGCAAAAGACUCUAGGCCACAUCCCAGGCAUACGCCGUUAUCAAAGACAUUAUUGACAAAAAGCUAAAUGGCAAUGUAGAAGAUAGCACGGAACCAGCCUUAAUCGAUCGUAUUCUUGAUCUUGUUAGGAAUGGCAGCCUUUCUUAUGACGACGUAAUGGGAGAAUUUUCAAAUAUAAUCUUUGCUGCUUCGGAUACUUUAUCCAUAACGGCCAAUAAUGUCCUUAUUCUCCUAGCAAUGUUCCCAAAAAUCCAGGAUAAAGUUUAUGAGGAGCUUAAAGAAGUGUUUGCCACAGAAGGAGAAUUUGAAGUCAGCAAUGAUGACUUGGAGAAAUUGGUGUACUUGGAUCAGGUGUUGCAUGAAACGUUGCGCUUGAUACCUGCAGUUCCCCUCUUGAUAAGGCAAACAGACCAGGAUAUUGAGCUUUCGAAUGGAUAUCACAUUCCCAAAGGUGUAACCCUGAUGUUGGAUGUUUUUCACACUCAUCGCAAUAAGGAUGUCUGGGGACCACGGGCUAAUGACUUUAAUCCCGCCAACUUUCUGCCUGAAAGUAAGAGAGAGCGGCAUCCCUAUGCAUAUUUGCCUUUUUCCAAGGGAAAGAAAACUUGUUUAGCUUGGAAGCUUUCAUUGAUGUCUGCAAAGCUGACUCUGGCUAAAAUAUUACGAAACUAUAAGCUGAGUACCAAGUUUCUUUAUGAAGACCUUCAAUUCAUGGACAACACUACUAUUAAGAUUUCUAACCAACCAAUGAUAGAAAUUCAACUUAGGAACUAA